AGGUACGAUUCGCAUCUAGAGGUUUUAGCUCACUGGUGACAAGCAUGUUGCGCCCGCGCAAGCACACCACUCCACUACCAUUCGCCGAAGCGGACGCAAUGGCGACUCGGUGUUUACUAUUCCUGUGCCUCACUGCGCUAACUCUUUCUGAACCAAUCCCGGGAAGGAUCCCGAAGGUCUAUAAUGCCCUUAUUACGUCGAAUCAAAAUUUGGAGCCAAGUAAAGCUUAUCCAGUGUAUCAGCCAGUUUUGAGGAACACCUUCCCAUAUCCAAUUCAACCUCUCUUCUAUGGUGAUUUUCCAUUCACAAAUAGCUUGCUGCCUCCACUGCCGCUGUCAUCUGUGCCAAAAGAGUUAACUCCAAAUGCAGAAUCAGCAUCUCCAUCGUCUGAGUCACCAAAAGAAGAACCACCCAAUCCUCCUGAACCAAGCAGCCCUGAACCAAAGACCAAUGACGGAACCGAAGCACCACCUCCAUCACCAAAAAUGGAAUCGCCAAUACCUCUUAACGAAUUCGGUUUACCACCACAAGUCCUACCCUUGAGUAACUUCGGUUCUGGCUACGAAUUCACGCAAAUAAACACUUUCCCAUAUUCUUUCCCAGGCCUACGUUUUUAUGACCCCUAUGACCCCUUUUUAUUCAAUCCUUAUGCAAAUUUCCCUUUGUAUCGACCGCUUUCAAAUGCUUUGGCUCCUCUGCCUGCUGUCCCCGUGACGAAAGAAGUGCCAAAAGCAACACCAGCACCAGAAAAUUCUGAGUCAGGUGCAACACCUCCAUCAGAACCUAGCGACCUUAACAUUUUGAACUACUCAGCAAAAGAUCCAGCUAUACCGAAUGUACCUCCACCACCUCUUCCUCAGGGAGGGUCAAAACCCGACACUGAAUAAUGUGGCAAUAAUACAGUGAUUUUAGUUUUAAAAUUUAUUCUUUAAUUUACAGUACGUAAGUGAUACAUUUAAUGCUCAUCAUUAUUUUAUGUUAAUAAUUCUUUUCUGUAAAUCAAUGGCAAAAUAAUUGACUUGCAAAUGAGUGCGUGCGUAAAUUUAUAGCAAAACUAUAAUUCUACACUAAUUAAAUGGUUUGGAAAGUUACUAUUACGAAAGAAAAGGAUAAUAUAAUGUAUUGUAAUUAGUUAUUCAUAAAAUUACUUUUAUAAAAUAAAUCAUUGGA